CCCAGCCAUGACCUCUUAUACACGCGUCGCAGCGCCGUCCAGCUACAGACGCCGUGCUCUCCGCGGCCCGUACACAUCGCUACGCCGCCAACCACACUCACGCAGAGAUGCUGCUGGUGGCGCUGUUGCUGUCGCUGCCCGCCGGCCCCGCCUCCUCCACUUCUUCGCCGCCGCCCCUGCCACCCACACCGCUGGUGGAGCUGGCGGGGUGCGGCGCUGCACGCGGCCUGCUCAUGACGUCACGAGGCGGCCGGCCCUUCGCGGCCUUCCUGGGGCUCCCGUACGCCAAGCCGCCCAUCGGCCCACUGCGAUUCAAGGCGCCCGUCCCAGCAGAGCCAUGGCAGGGUGAGCGCGAUGCGACGGUGGAGGCACCUAUGUGCACGCAGAAGAACUACUUCCUAGAGCAGCCCGUUGUGGUGGGGCAGGAAGACUGCCUCUACCUCAACGUCUACACGCCGCGACUCCCAAGCUCAGAGCGAGAGCAGGUGCAGCCGCUGCUGCCCGUGCUGGUGUACAUCCACGGCGGCGGCUGGUUCUCGGGCUCCUCCAGCCCACAGCUGGUGGGGCCGCAGCUGCUCAUGGACCGCGACAUCGUAGUCGUCACUCUCAACUACCGCCUGGGGCCGCUCGGCUUCCUGAGCACGGGCGACGCCGCGGCGCCGGGCAACUACGCACUCAAGGACCAGGUGCUGGCGCUGCGCUGGCUGCGCCGCCACGCGCCGGCCUUCGGCGGCGACCCGCGGGCCGUCACCGUCAGCGGGCAGAGCGCGGGCGCCGCCUCGGCGCACCUGCUGCUGCUGUCGCCCGUCUCCGCAGGCCUGUUCCAGCGGGUGAUCGCACAGAGUGGCAGCGCGCUGGACGCGUGGGCCCUGCCGGAGAGGGAGCCGGGGCGGCAGGCACGGCGGCACGCCGCUCUCGUCAACUGCAGCCGCGGCUCCUCCACAGAGCUGGUCGCCUGCCUCAGGGGCGUCGACCACCGCCUGCUGGUUGACACUACGGACAGCCUCAAGUUCUGGUCUGUGGAUCCCUUAACUUUCUAUCGCCCAGUCAUUGAUCCACCCAACAUCCCUAUGGAUGAAGUUUUUCUUCCAAAGGAUCCUAUAGAGAUUUUACGGCAUGCUAUUGAGGAUUAUGCUGAGGGCCGUCCUCCCCAUCAUUUCACAACCAUUCCAUUAAUGAUGGGAGUCGUCCGUGAUGAGGGAAUUUUGCGAGCUGUUCCUAUUCUAAAUAGUGCACAGCUCCUAGAAGACUUGAACACACGUAUUGAUGAACUGAUGCCUCAGCUUCUUGAACUCAACAGGAGCAUACCUCUAGAAAUAACUAACAGGGAGGAACAACUAAAUGAUGUCUACCGCUCUAUAAGUUCUCAAUUCUUUCCCAGUCAGCCACUUAGUCUAAAUGAUUCUACAAGAUUUAUAGAUCUCUACAGUGAUCGUGGUUUCUUCCAUGGACUGGAGAGAACUGCAGUAUACCACAGGCUAGCAGGACAUAUACAUCUGUUCAUCUAUAGCUUUGAGUAUCAAGGUUCACAGAGCUACACACCAAUCUUUGCAAAAACCAAUAUAAGAUAUGGAAUAUGCCAUUGCGAUGAUCUACUGUACCUGUUUUCUACUCAAGCAUUGUUUCCAUCUCUGUCAAAUGACAGCUUUGAUUGGAAUGUUGUCAAUGCAAUGACACAUUUAUGGACACAGUUUGCAGCUUUUGGGCACCCAGCACCACUGCAGCCUAGUGUCCUCCACAGCUUGCAGUCCCCACAUCAGUAUGAGAUUUGCUGGCAAGAUGUUGCUGAUAUUGUAUGGCCCCAAGCUGGACUUGGAGGAGACUGUGCUUCAGGAGGCUCCGCUGAUGUACCAUUCCUACAAAUUUCUGGAAAUGGAAUAUAUGCCGAGAGUCAACAUUUGCAGUUCUGUUCUCGUCAGACUUUUGGACAUGGUCGUUUGGCUUUUUGGAAUUCUCUACCACUGGUAGAGAACAGUAUCAGCAAGCCUGAUUACAAGGAAUUAGCACCCCAUUUGGUUCUCCUGUUGUCUACAGACAAUAUCCUGCCAGGCUACUGGUUCUGAAGAGAUGUUGCUGCCAAAGUGAACAUGACUGUAGGCCUGAAUUGAGGAAAACCCGGACUUUGAUGUUGCAUCAUGACAGUGCACCUGCUCAUGUGUCACUCCUUGUCCACAGCUGUCCAGAAGAACAUCAUGUUCCUGUUGUGCCCCAUUCACUAUAUUCUCUGGAUCUGGUCUCAGCAGACUUUUUCCUGUUUGCAAGACUUGAGACUAUGAUGAAAAGACAACAUCGCCAAACCUAGAGGACAAUCCAGACAUUGUGAUAAGAGACCUGUGCACCAUCCAAAAGACACAUUCCAGGAGGCUCUCCAAAAGUGGAAGAAAUGAUUGCCAGUAGACAGGGCCAUUUUGAGGGAAACAGCACUUCAGAUGUUUUACAAUAAGCAAUAAAGGUGUUAUAUCAGAAGAUUAUUUUCUUUGUGAAAACACCUUGUACGCUAAAACAUCUUUUGACACAAAUAUAUAAUUUUUACAUUUUACAAAUUGUUCUUAUUAGAGUUUGUAUUUUCAGUAGAUACUUUAGACAAGAAACAGUCUUACAAUCUUUUGCAAAAAUGUACAACAAUAUACUUUUCAAACUUUUGACUCACAGUUUGUUCUUCAAACACUUCACUAACACACUUUAUUGUAGCUCAGCCUGCUCCUUGUUAUAGUCAGUGGUCACACAUGUAAAGAACAGACAAAAUAUUCUAUUGUAAUAUGCCAUUAAGUCUUGUGUCUAUACCUGUAACAAAAUGAUUUUUCAUUAAAUACAACAUCACCAUA